GUUUUUUUUAAAUUUUCUAUAGUAUAAAAGAGAACUUAGCAGAGGAUGUCUAAUCCCUUUGAUUUUAAUGAAGAAGAAGCCUCUAAAAAUUUUGAAAAAAGUGUUAUUUAUGGAUCUCCAAGCAAUAUAAACUUUAUUUCAACAAGUGACUUCAUGAAACAAUCUUUAGCUGUAGUAAAGGAAAACAUGCAGGAAAACAAUGAGAGUGAUUUUAGCCAUGCAAAAGGUACCAAAAAUGAUUUCAACUAUGCCAAGGGUGCAACAAGUUCAAAACAAACAAAGUCUCAUGAUACUGUUUUAUCUGAUAUUUCAUUAUUGAGUUCACCAUUAAAUUCUUCUUUGAAGGAAACUACCCAUAGUUCAUCUCUGUCUUUAAAAGUUUAUUAUAGUUCAUCUCUACCUUUAAAAGAAAAAACUAGUAGUCCGCCUGCUGUUGUGAAAGAAAUUACCCCUAAUUCAUCUACAUUUAUAAAAAAAGGCAAUGAUGACCUUGCUAGUUCAAAAAAAUCUGCGGAGUUGUUAAAAAUAGAUCGUUGGACAAAACUCCCUUUGAUUGAUACAGUACAGCGAAUGAUUCAGGGAAAGUCGUGUUGGUUAGAAGGUUAUAGAUCAUUGUCAGAAAAAAGAAGUCUUCUGGAUUUAGCAGUGAAAACUAAUGAUGGUAAUAGCAUAUUAACAGUGAUAAUUUUCAUGGAAAGGACUCUGCAUCAGAGUAUACUUUUUACUGAAAUUCAACAAAUAUUAAUAGCGUCAAAUAUUUAUAUUCACUAUUUACGCCAAAUUAAAGAAUGGAAAAAGCUUAAAGAAUUUUAUUUAUCUUCAUUCUUAAUAGAGGAAGCUGCGAUAUUGUCUUAUGAGAUAGUAGGUUUAGAAGAAGAUCCUUCUAAAAAGUUGGAUAGUUUAUCAAAGUGGUUGAGUGACUUUGGAAAUAAACCAGAAUUGAACGAUCUAUGUUCAUAUAUAAAGGAAGAAAUUAUUCUCAUAAAAAAACAGCUGAUGUUAGAGGAUGAAAUCAAACGGAUAAACUCUCUUGAAAACACAACUUCUAAAGCUGCAAGAAGCAUAAUAAAGAAGCCUUUGAUAACUACUCUUAGCUAUUGUUCAUUAUACUACUAUGACAAGAAUUCUGAGUAUUAUCCGGAAAAAUUCAAGAAAACUGUUGAAAUCACUAAUAAACAGUUUGAAUGGGCUGUUCUACCUCCAAUUGCAAAUCUCCACAAGUGGACUGAAGUUGAACAUUUGCUAACCUCUACAAAAUGGUUAGGAAAGAAAAAAGAGUUUAGUUAUAUUGGUUAUGAAAAUGUUGCUAUGAUAUUGUAUAAAGCUAAGGCUAAUGAAGAGAUAAUUUUGAAGUAUUUAAAACUAAUUGAUAAUCUUGAUUUGAGAAUUAAAUGGGCUUCUCGUUUCAAAUACCAUGAUCUUGCUAUUGAUUGUAUUGUUCAGCAACGUGAUCACCGAAAAAUGGAGGAAUAUAGAAUGAAAGUAGAAAAUUCAGACAAGUAUCUUUCAAAAAUUGACCAAUUACUUAAUAACUCUGCACUGAAAUGGCGUUGAUCAAAACUUUAAAAUUAUUAGGAUCUAUAAUUGUUUUAUACAUUUUGAGAAAAU